AUGCGCUAUCGUGAGGUGUGAAACAUCGUGAAGAGAAGGCAGUUUAUAAACCUAAGUUCACAGCUAGCUUCAGAAGUAACCCAAAAGGUAGUCACUCAAAGAGAACUAGGCUCUCAAAAGCACUUUUUUAAAGGGGAAAGCGAUUCCAACUUUGUUUUUGCAAAGUGAAAAAGAAGCUCAUUUAUUAUGGAUCCAACAGCUUUCGCCAUUGUGAAGAACGAAGUUCAUCGUCUUCCGCAUGUAGACGACAAAAUACAAGCGAUAGUUUAUGCCCAGGGGAACUUGUAUGCGGAGCAAAUCAGCGAGCUUUUAUCCACGAUGAGCUUCGACGAUGACAAGCUAAAAACUCUGCAAAACUGCGUAUCGAAAAUGCUCCCAGCCAGCUGCAUGGGUGUUUUCCCGAUUCUACGAUGGUUCCGUUCAGAUCGCUCGCGAGUUCAAGCGGUACAAGUGUUAGCAGGAUAUAUCACUGAUCCUAUGAACUUUAACUCGUUCAACGAGUUAUUCCCAUAUGCUCCAGAUAGGGAAAUGAUCCGACGAGUUAUGACAAAUCGCACUGGCCCACCCCCCAUGGCACCCCAGUAUGGCCCUGAGACAGUUGGGAACCCUUACCCAUACGGGCGACCCAAGCCAAGACUGGACCCUAAUGACCCGGCCUACCAGCUUGUCGACAAAACUGUUGAUGCUGUUGCAAGUGGCAUCUCGUCAUUCCUGGCACCUCGACGCAGCCAAGGUGCCGUAGUUGUUAACACCCCUGGCACAGUCGUUUACCAAACAACAACAUCUACAAGCUACCCAGGCGGCAUGACAGUGGUUAAUCCAGGAGGGGCAACUGUCGUGAGUGGCCCUGGGAUCAGGGUGGUGACUACAGGGGCACCCCAAUACCACCCAUAUCCUCAACAGCAGUACUACCAGCUGCCUCCAGGUGCUAUGCCGCCACCUUACAAGCGAUAGAACUCUUAUUUUCAUGGUGCCAUACUGCCUCCUUAUAAGCGAUACAUUGACACAACUCUCAUUUCCAUUGUGCCAUGUUUUUUAGCAUGUAGCAUUCCCCAAUGUUGUUCUCAGGCAUUAAGGACUCAUUACAAUGGGAACCUUGAUUUAAGGUUUCAAGGCCGUAGCUAGAAAGCUUUGUUAAUUUGGGGCAAGCCUCAGAUAUUUCUUUAUUUGCCUCAGGGGCAGACACUAUUUUUUUUUUGCCUUUUGCAAAUUCCUGCUCCCCUAAGGGGGCAGCUGCCCCGUCUCCCCGAAAAGCUAGCUACGGCCCUGGCACCCUAUCCUAGUGCAUGCAGGCGCAUACACAGGGUGCGUGCACACCCCCUCCUUGGUGGCCAAAAAGUGUCAUUUCUUAUUAUGGAAUCUUCAAAUGCUAGGCUUUUUCCAUAUAUUACCUAUGACUGUGCACCCCCCCUCAGCCAAUCCUAGGUAUGCGCCUGGCAUGCCUGUUUCUUGUUGUUACACUGGGGUGAUGUGUCACCCUCCAUGGUAUAAGGGCCUGGUUUAACAAGGCUUAGUUAACUGGCAGUGAGUUAACUGACCUUAGUUAUUCUCUGAAUACUGUAUGUUUAUAACAACUUUUUUACUAUUACUGUACAUCAUAAAAAACACAUCAAUAUCAAACAGUACAAUUAUUUCAAUUUCAAAUAUAAAAGAUCCUUAGGAUCAAAAUAAAGCAUGAACAGUAAUCUGUAGAUUCAACAAUCUCAUCAUGAGAUUAAUACAGGUAGUGAAUUUGUGAAGUAAUUAGAAAAAGUUUAUGAAGUGUUUUUCUAUCGAUGUAUCAAGCACAAAAAUAUGAAUAAAAUAAUGUGUAUUAUUGGCUAAGUGCAGUGACUAUAUCAAUGUAUGAAGCACCAAAAAUAUGAAUAAAAAGAUGUGUAGUAUUG